UCGAUGCCGGGAGAUGGAGGUCGAGAGACAAGCCGGGAAUCGAGCGUGGUACAAAGUCGCACGGCGUCAUGUCUUCUCCCCCAUUGGACCACGAUCCUCGCUCCCCUCGCGUCUCCUUCAGUUCAGUAUUUAUUCAUAGCCUUAGAUCUCACUCUUUUCACUACAACGAGCACGUCCUACAACCAUGCUGAACGUGAAACGAGUGAGUGCACCGGCGCGCAAGUUUGCACGAUCGUUGGCGACCUUACACCAUGCACCUCCUUCAGGCAAAAGUCCAACAGCCAUAGUGAUGCUAAAUAUGGGUGGACCAUCUACUGUGCCAGAAACCUACGACUUCCUCAAGAACCUCUUCUCAGACGGCGACCUUAUUCCCCUUCCAUUCCAAUCGUUUGCCGCACCAUGGAUAGCCAAACGUCGAACACCUCAGAUCGAGAAACAAUACCAAGACAUAGGCGGCGGUUCUCCCAUUCUAAAAUACACUCGACUACAGGGUGAUCGUAUGGCAGCGCUGUUGGAUGAACUUCAUCCUGCUACCGCGCCGCAUAAAGCUUAUGUCGCUUUCCGAUACGCUAAACCUUUGACCGACGAAGCGGCGGCGGAGAUGAAGAGGGAUGGUGUGAAGCGAGCAGUGGCGUUUACUCAGUAUCCUCAAUAUAGCUGCAGUACAACUGGAAGUAGCCUCAAUGAACUUUAUCGGCGGGGUCGGGCGGGUGCUCUAGGAGAAGGUGUUGAAUGGAGUGUUAUUGACCGAUGGGGAACACAUCCUGGUUUCAUUGAGGCAGUAGCACAAAAUAUUGAACGUUCAUUAGCGAAGUUCGACGAGCAAGAUCGUUCUGGCGUCGUUCUGCUAUUCUCUGCUCAUUCACUGCCAAUGUCCGUCGUUAACCGCGGCGACCCAUACGUACUUGAAGUUUCCGCCACUGUCUCUGCUGUCAUGGACCGACUGAAGCAGUCGAAUCCCUUUCGCUUAGUAUGGCAAUCACAAGUCGGUCCCUCAGCAUGGUUGGGAAUGCAAACCGGUGAAGCCAUAAAAGGUCUGGCGCGAUUAGGUCGGAAAAAGGUCGUCCUCGUGCCUAUUGCGUUCACAAGUGACCAUAUCGAAACCCUUUACGAGAUGGAUUUAGAAUACGUCAAGGAAGGAGAAGAGCUCGGCAUGGACAUACAACGUGCUGAAUCGUUGAAUGACUCGCCAGUGUUCAUUCGUGCAUUGGCGGAUCUGGCAGCGACUCACCUGCGUGAUUACUCCGCGGGGACGAUCGGACCCGCGAGUAUACAGAUGGGACUUAGGUGUCCGGGAUGUACAAAUGUGACAUGUGGACAACAGAAGACUUGGUUUGCGCGGGGCGGACGAUGAUAUUCUAUUGUGUUUUGCUCUCUUUUCACUUCUCUGGAUGUAUCGUUAUGACAUAUACACUUGCUUUCCUGCGAUGCUUUCCUAUGUC